AUGGCCGCACGACCCAAUAGCUCCACAGUCCUUACAGGCAAUUCAGCGCAAGUCGUGGCGAUCAUCGCGCUGCUUCUCGCUCUGUCCGCGGUGUGUACGAGGCCCGUCGCGGCGUCGUUCUGCGCCGACUACGUGAAGGCCUUCAAGUGCCCGACGCUCCCGUCCGUCGAUGACAUCGCCCUCGGCAAGUACACGGGCCGGUGGUACGAGAUCGGGUCGACGGCGCGGUUCCGGUUCACGUUCGAGCUAGGGCUGACGUGUACCACGGCCAACUACACGGCAAAGGGUGUCACGCCCAGCGGCCGCAACAAAGUCAAGGUGGUAAACCGCGGCAGGCGCAGCGUUGCACUCCCGCGUCGCUCGCAGAUCUUCACAACCUCGUUAAACGCCAACCGCAUCGCCAGCAAUCUCAGGAUCGUCUGUGGGGCCGCCAACACCGUCACCCAAGCGAGCGCUCAAGCACAGUCCCUCCUUUCUGCAAAUGCCGCCACGAACAGCAGCAUUGAAUCCCUCGCUGCGGCCGAUAAACUCGCCGCGUUUGCCACGUCGGUGUCGUCUGACGCGGAGAUAAUCGACAACGCACUGAGGGAUUUUCAGACGGAAGCCGACAAGCUGAACAAACGGCCACAGGCCAAGGGGUUCAGCGCCUCGAAGAGCAAGAUGCUCAAAUCCAUAUCCAACAUCCAGGGCGCUGCUGGGCGAAUUCUUCAAGCGGCUUUCACUGGGAAGACUGCGGCACAGGGGCUGUCUGGAGCGCUGAGAGCCAUGGGUGGGGAGAGUGCAGAGACUGCUGCGAACGGGGUACGUGGGAGCUCAACCCAGCAUGCUGCUCUCCUUGGGAUCGGAUCAGCGUAG